AUGACAAAGGCAAUCGGCUAUCCACGCAUUCUUUCUCUCGAGAAUUUUCGCACACCGAACUUUCGUCUCGUCGCUGAACUACUGGAAUGGAUUGUAAAACGGUUCGACCCGAGUGCAACAAUUAGUGCUGAGCACACGACCACCGAACAGGAUCGGGUACUAUUCAUCAAGCAAGCCGUUCUGCUCCUUUUGCAAAACUCCAGACUCAGACUAAACCCUCGACGGCUUUAUCAGGCGGACGGCAAUGCCGUGCAAGAGCUGUUACCAGCGGUCAAGCUCCUUUAUGAAUCUGGAAAACAACUCCCAGCCGAAGAUGUGAACGCUCACUGGAAUGCCAUUAAGAAUAAACUGAACGCCAAGAUGCAAGAAAUCCGCAUCGCCAGGCAACUUGCUACUCAACUGCCUCAAACAGGAGCUGCUCUGCACGACUUGCUGGGAAAAGAGCUGUACUGUAGAGACCAACGCAGCCGCGCUGUUUCACGUGCAAUUCCAUUGGCUGAAGCAGAACGAACGAUUCAGCAGUCUAUAGAGGCUAUUUCUGCUGACACUGGUGACUUCACGAAUAAACUUUCGAAUGUGGCCAACGACGAGGCAGCUUUGGAUGAGAAAAUCGAACGAAAAAAGAGAGAAUACGAGCAAAUGCAGAAACGCUUCGUGAAACUUCAAUCAUUUCGACCUCAAUACAUGGAUGAAUACGAAAAGCUUGAAGCGAAGCUCAAACAACUCUACGAGGUGUAUGUGGUGAAAUUUCGGAACUUGGCGUACCUCCAGCAGUUGCAGCUCGAAAUAGAGAGAACUGACCGACAGAAGCAGGAGGAAUCGGAACGGACAAUGAGGCAAGUGGUGGAGAAGAUGCGCAUGGAUCUGAACAACCAGGACGAACCAAUAGAAGAGGAAGUGCCACCCAUCAACCAAGCCAGGCGAAAUUCAACACGUAAGGUCUACGGAAACAUGACGGGGGCUGGAAUGUCGGACGACGACGAUGAUAAUGGCGAAACCGGUGCAGGCGUCGUGCAUACGGACAGCGAUGAAGAACAGCACAAGUCGCCUCUCAAUGACGAUCCAGAAAAACUUGACCUCAGCAGCGGUGACGACUUUUGA